AUGGGUAACUCAAACAACAAAUCGUCAUUGUUCGUUGGACUGUUGAUAGCGAUACCCGCAGCCACUGCUCAGAAUCUCAGAACAACCACCGCAUUCCCUCUUCCCAGCAUCCCGACCAUCUCUGCUCUCGCCCCGCUCCCCGUCCAGUCGACACAAAAAUUCCAACCUCAGUUAUCCAUUCUGCCUAGCCAGCCCAUCUCACUGAAUACGCUCGUCGCUGCCCCAGUACCAUCCGGAUUCCCAUCUCCACUUCCAGACGGUGUUGCCCGUACCGCCUCCGGGAAACCUAUACCAUGUUCCCCAAAGAACGUCAAGUUGAACCCUUCAACGCAUAAGCUCAUUUCGGAGUGUGUUGAAACCUCUUUCUGCGCCCAACCGCCUGGGACACCUGUAAAUGCUACUGGCCUCGGAAUCUGCUUCCCUCGUUUGUGUAGACGCGAUGAGUAUCCGUUCGGAUAUGGCACAUAUGGUGGAGGACAAGGCAGAAGAAAAAACGCGACUGUGAUCCCGAUCCCACCCAUGUGCCCAAAAGGAACAUUCUGCCCGGACACCGGUAGUGGAUGCAGGCUGGAAGUUGAGAUUGGGGGUCAAUGCGAACUGGCGCGGGAUGAACAGUGCAUGGCUCCACCGCCUAAUCCAAACGUCAACCCAAAGGAGAAUAAAGCGAUAUGCCUGAACGGUGUGUGCAUGUAUGUCCAGAUCCCAUUGUUCGCACAGUUUGCGGUUAUUAAUGCUGCGAUUACGCGUUCGUUGUUCCUAGGGCAGCAACACAACCGUUGGGUGAAAGUUGCACGAUAG